CUUGUUUAUUAUUCAGGGGUGUGGGGUUUUCCAGGCUGACUAACAGGUCUCUGGCUCCUAAGGCAGGGGGCAUGCCGUCUCUCCUCUCCAGUCUUUAUCUCACAGCUUCUCUCUUCCCAUGGGUCAGGUGUAUAAAAGCGCCACAGCAGCUCUCUGGGGGCCGGGCCAUUCUCGUCAUGUCCCCGCUGUGCCCGCUGCUGCUGACUCUGGCCCUGGUGGCCGUGCCCGGCGCCCGGGGCACCUGUCCGGUGCCCGCAGACCUGAAGAGGGAAGACGGGACGCGCACGUGCGCCAAGCUCUAUGACAAGAGCGAUCCCUACUAUGACAAUUGCUGCCAGGGGGCCGAGCUGUCCCUGGAGCCGGGCACCGACCUGCCCUACCUGCCCUCCGGCUGGGCCAACACAGCGUCGUCUCUGGUGGUGGCCUCGCGCUGUGAGCUCACUGUGUGGUCUCUCCCCGGCAAGGGCGGCAAGACACGCAAGUUCUCUGCAGGCAGCUACCCCCGCCUGGAAGAGUACCGAAGGGGUAUCUUCGGAGACUGGUCCAACUCUAUCUCUGGCGUCUACUGCAAGUGCUCUUGAUGCCUUGAAGGCCACCAUCUCUAAUUACACACAGUGCUGAGCCCAACCCCACCUCACCUUGGGGAUUGCUGUGGUCCCAAGAGCCAGGAGGCAAGAUGGCCCUGCUGCCUGCCACCAGAGCUUCCCUGUAAUACAGCCCUUGAGAAAUUAA